AUGAAGUCCUUCGCACCUCUGUCGCUUUUCUCCCUGUCCCUGGCUGCCCUGGGCAACGCUGCCUCCGUCCCAACUAAGAGUCUGACUCGCCGCUCAGACUUCUGCGACCAGUGGGGAACUGCCACGGCAGGUGAUUUCAUCUUGUACAACAACCUCUGGGGUCAGAGCGACGAUCCCAACGGCGAGCAGUGCACCGGCCUGGACUGGGCCAACGGUGACACGAUCUCCUGGCACUCCUGGUGGUCAUGGGCCGGUACUCCCUGGCAGGUCAAGAGCUACCCGAAUGCUGCGCUGCAGUUUACCCACAAGCCGUUGAGCGAAGUUAGCAGCAUCAAGACCUCUUGGGAAUGGAGCUAUUCCACCACCGACAUUGUCGCCGAUGUCGCGUAUGACAUGUUCCUUAGCUCCACUGCUGAUGGUAGCGAUGAGUACGAGAUCAUGGUGUGGCUUGCUGCGCUGGGUGGAGCGGGCCCCAUCUCGUCGACUGGCUCCCCCAUCGCUACUGUUAACAUCAACGGUAUCUCGUGGGACGUUUACGUUGGUCCCAAUGGUGCCAUGACUGUGUACAGCUUUGUCGCUCCGUAUACUGUUACUAGCUUCUCUGGUGAUUUGUUGGACUUCUUCACUUACCUUGAGAACGACCAGGGCCUGAGCUCCAGCUUGUACUUGAUUAAUGUGCAGGCUGGCACUGAGCCUUUCACUGGUACCGCCGAUUUCAAGGUUCCCUCUUACUCUGUCUCUGUUGUUUGA